AAGAACUCAGAUUUUAUUAUCAAACCUCAUCCCAAAACACACAAAACCAGCACAAUGGCCUCCAACACCAACCCCGGAAACUUCUCCAACCGUCCUCACGAGGAGGUGCAGAACAUCGCUCGCAAGGGCGGCCAGUCCAGUCACUCUGGCGGCUUUGCCAGCAUGGACCCUGAGAAGCAGCGCAACAUCGCUUCCCAGGGUGGCCAUGCUUCCAGCGGAAGCUUCAAGCCCGGCGACCCUCGGGCUCGCGAGGCUGGUCAGAAGGGUGGGUCUAAGACCCAGUAUGACCAGGAGACGCCUGAAGAAUAAGCUUGGGAUAUUUCAUUAUAACGGGAUGUUACGAUGAUUAUGCUAUGAUGUUGUGAUUGACGAUGUAACUAUUAUGUAUGUACUGUACGAUAUUGAGGUUUUCAACCACAGACGGAAUUCUACUUUCGUGAGAG